UCCCGGUUUCGGGCCCCGCGGCGGUGGCGGUGGCAUCAUGUUCCUUCACUCAGUCAACCUCUGGAACCUGGCGUUUUAUGCCCUCAUGGUCUUCAUGGCGACGCUGGGGCUGUGGGACGUCUUCUUCGGCUUCGAGGAGAACAAGUGCAGUAUGAGCUACAUGUUUGAGUACCCGGAGUAUCAGGAGUCUAGGUUAGAGAUGGGAAGGACCUGCACAAAGGCAGAGUCAAGAGAGGAUGGACAGCAGAGGCAGGAUUGUGAGGAUAAUAUUUUCAGUGUAAAGAAAAUAGAACUUCCCAAGAAACUGGCAAAACGCUAUCCUGCAUAUGAAUUAUAUCUUUAUGGAGAAGGAUCCUAUGCUGAAGAACACAAAAGUCUCCCUUUGACAGGUAUUCCAGUUCUCUUUCUUCCUGGUAACGCUGGAAGUUAUAAGCAAGUUCGUUCUAUUGGCUCUAUUGCACUUAGAAAAGCAGAAGACAUUGACUUCAAGUACCACUUUGACUUCUUUAGUGUGAAUUUCAAUGAAGAAUUGGUGGCACUGUAUGGUGGAAGUCUUCAGAAGCAGACCAAAUUUGUACAUGAAUGCAUUAAAACAAUUCUCAAACUCUAUAAGGGUCAAGAAUUUGCUCCAAAAAGUGUGGCAAUAAUUGGUCAUUCUAUGGGUGGCCUUGUUGCGAGAGCAUUGCUUACCUUGAAAAAUUUUAAACAAGAUCUGAUAAAUCUUCUUAUUACACAAGCCACACCUCAUGUUGCUCCGGUAAUGCCAUUAGAUCGUUUUAUUACAGAUUUUUAUAUGACUGUAAACAGUUAUUGGAUUCUGAAUGCUAGACACAUAAAUUUAACUACACUUUCUGUAGCUGGAGGAUUCCGGGAUUACCAAGUUCGUUCGGGACUGACUUUUCUACCAAAAUUAAGCCAUCAUACCAGUGCCUUAUCUGUUGUGAGUUCAGCAGUGCCUAAGACCUGGGUCUCAACUGACCACCUCUCUAUUGUGUGGUGUAAACAAUUGCAGUUGACUACAAUUCGAGCAUUCUUUGAUCUUAUUGAUGCCGAUACUAAACAAAUAACUCAAAAUCCCAAGAAGAAAUUGUCAGUAUUGAAUCACCACUUUAUAAGACACCCAGCAAAACACUUUGAGGAAAACCCAGCAAUAAUUUCUGACUUAACAGGAACAUCUAUGUGGGUUCCAGUAAAAGUGUCCAAAUGGACCUAUGUGGCUUACAAUGAAUCUGAUAAGAUAUAUUUUACUUUUCCUCUUGCAAAUCAUAGAAAAAUCUACACUCAUGUCUAUUGUCAGAGCACCAUGCUGGAUACAAACAGUUGGAUUUUUGGCUGCAUAAACAGCACAUCUAUGUGCCGACAAGGAGUUGAUUUAUCAUGGAAAGCUGAACUGCUGCCAACAAUUAAGUCUCUGACGUUAAGACUUCAAGACUAUCCAUCUUUGUCUCAUCUUGUUGUUUAUGUACCAUCUAUUCAUGGAAGUAAGUUUGUUGUAGAUUGUGAAUUCUUUAAAAAAGAGACGAGAUCCAUACAGCUUCCUGUAACUCAUCUUUUUUCCUUUGGAUUGUCUUCAAGGAAAGUGAUAUUAAAUACAAGUGGCCUGUUCUAUAAUAUAGAGCUUCUGAACUUCGGACAGAUAUAUCAAGCUUUUAAAAUCAACGUAGUAAGCAAGUGCUCAGGAGUCAAAGAAGAAAUAACUAGUAUCUAUAAACUUCAUAUUCCCUGGUCUUAUGAAGAUUCACUAACCAUUGCACAGGUUCCAUCCUCCACAGAAAUUUCUCUGAAACUACAUAUUGCUCAACCAGAAAAUGAUAGCCAUGUAGCAUUGUUAAAAAUGUACACAUCAUCAGACUGUCAGUAUGAGGUGACGGUGAAGACUUCCUUUUCACAAAUACUCGGACAGGUAGUUAGAUUUCAUGGUGGAGCUCUUCCUGCUUACGUUAUAUCUAGUAUCCUUCUUGCUUAUGGAGGACAGUUAUACUCUCUUUUCUCAACAGGUCAUUGCUUAGAAUAUGCUACUAUGUUGGAUAAAGAAGCCAAACCAUACAAAGUUGAUCCUUUUGUAAUUAUGAUUAAGUUUCUGUUGGGGUAUAAGUGGUUUAAAGAAAUAUGGGAUGUGUUAUUGUUACCAGAAUUAGAUGCCAUCUUUUUAACUAGUCAGAGUAUGUGUUUCCCCCUUGUGUCCUUGAUUCUCUUUCUAUUUGGAACAUGUACUGCCUACUGGGGUGGCCUACUCUCAUCUACAUCUGUGAGACUCCUUUCUUCAUUGUGGCUAGCUUUGAAAAGGCCCUCUGAACUUCCUAAAGAUAUCAAGAUGAUAUCACCAGACUUGCCCUUUUUGACAAUUGUUUUGAUCAUAGUUAGUUGGACAACUUGUGGAGCAUUUGCCAUACUUCUUACUUAUCUUUACUAUGUGUUUAAGAUUGUUCAUCUGCAAGCCAGCCUAACUUCUUUUAAAAAUAGCCAGACUGUGAAUCCCAAACACUCUAGAAGAAGUGAAAAAAAAUCCAAUCACCAUAAAGACUCUGCAGUACACCAUCUUCGUUUAUCUGUCAGUGAUGCUGAAGACAGUCUUCGCAUGCAUAGUACUGUGAUUAACUUAUUAACGUGGAUUGUAUUACUCAGCAUGCCAUCUUUAAUUUAUUGGUUAAAGAAUCUUAGGUAUUACUUUAAACUUAAUCCUGAUCCAUGUAAACCUCUGGCAUUUAUCCUUAUUCCAACUAUGGCAAUUCUUGGAAAUACUUACACUGUUUCAAUAAAAUCAAGUAAAUUGUUGAAGACUACUUCACAAUUUCCACUUCCUCUGGCUGUUGGUGUGAUUGCUUUUGGGUCGGCACACUUAUACAGGGUUCCAUGCUUUGUCUUCAUUCCUCUGUUACUCCAUGCGUUAUGCAACUUUAUGUAAGAUUGGAUUUAAGGAAUGACAAAGAUGAUUUAUGCCUUUAGGGCCAGUAAUAAGAGGGAACACACAGAUCCAUCAAUGUGGACAGCAAGAUCCUUUGGAGAAGACAAGUCUAUUUUUACAAUAUUGAAAAUAGGAAAUUAGUUUUGUAAUGCUUGAGGAAAGUAGUUGAAGCAUGGUUUUGUUUUGUAGUGUGGCAUCUGUGUACAAGUCAUUUUUGAAAAUUUAGUAAAAGGAUACAGUGGCCCCUGUGUUUGAGGACUCCUCUGCAUAUCGCUAGUCUGCUUAAUUGGCCAUACCAGGGAUCUUCUCCUAAAUACUCUGUAAAUGUAGCAUUGCUUGUAAUUUCACCUCAAGCUUUCUGCUCAUUCAUCAAACUUUCUUCUGAAAAGUAGGUUACUUUGUAUUUGCUACAGUAUACAUAUUGAGAAAUAAGUCUUAAAAGAUUGAUGAAAUUCACAACUGUUUCGUUUCUCAAAAAUGAAAUAGCCACAAAGAGUCUUUGGUCAGUUUUUGGCAGCCACAGUGAACAAGGUAGAUCUUUUGUUUUCUUGCAUCUGUGAAAAUAUAACUUUUAAUUCUAAGGAGACAUGUUUUUUUGGUAACCAGUACAAGAUUGAUGGAUGGAAACACAAUUCAAAUUCAAAACUUUAUGAAAUUUUCUUGUUCCUUUUCAAAUAUAAAUCUUAUUUUGUCCUUGGUGACUAUCAGGAGACUAUUAAAAAGAUCUAUUGUUAAAUUUAAAGAAAAUUCUCAUAGAUAUUUACUUACUGGCAUUGAGCAGUUCAUUUUUCCAGUCUGUAUCAUUUUAUUUAAUUCAUUGACCCAGUGGUUGCCAAAAGUGCCUCAGGUCGUGAUGAAUUGUUAACGAAAUUCUAGUGGUCAGAAAAAACUCUAGAUGUGCACAAUUUUUGUCUACUGUGGAAAAUAAAUCAGCAUGAUCAAGUACAAUACCACAUUUGAUGUAUAAAAUUAUACUAUUAAUGGAAAACAGUAGACAAACUGUUACCCCAUUAAUAGCAUAAGUACAAACAAUAUACCUGAAUAAAUUGGAGGCUUUAGCCACUAGGUUUAACAGUGGAAUCUUAAUUUGCCAUGGUGAUUACUGUUGGACAGAUGAGAGUAAUGUUUCUAUUUCAUUUGAGAUUUCAGCCCACUUUUAGCUGCAAAAGAGUAGGAAGUAGGUAAUGGAGCUAGGCAUCUUUGCCUUAAGAUGGAAUAAACUCAGGCUGAGGUAUACCUGGCUCAUGGAGUCCUUCCUUUAGAUGUGUAUGCUGUAAAUACCCAAAACCUCUCAAGAAAAGUCUGUAAGUCCCAGUAAUUCUACGUUUGCACCUGUAAACUUGUAUCCUGGUUAGUGCCCAGGGAUGUCCUAGAGUACCAGGUUUGUUUUGUCUGCCAUUGCAUCUGGAUCCCGUUACAACCUCUCAGCUGUUACUGCCUGUAGAGGAUUACCCCACUUCUCUUCUCAGUCGUUCCUCAAGUCCUUGCUGUUUUGGCAUCAGCUGAAGAGGGUCUUGCUGUUAUCUCUGAGGGUUCUAAGUUUGUUUGAUUCCAUUGUCGUCUGUCCCAGCUUCCUUCCUGUUGUUCAGUAUUCGUAUUUUCACUUACUGAGACAUUAAAGGAAAGUGGUAGCCUCAUAGUAGACAUGGCAGACGUACCAGGCUCUUGUUUGUUUGAGGGAAGUAGCAAAAGGGAUAAAAUACCAAGUGAUUGUGUGUUUAGUACCGGAAAGGAAAGAGAAUUUAUUAGAUUAUACACUUAUCCCAUGGCAUAUCACAUAUGUAUUUAAAUAAGGUUGCACCUGCCUGUGUUUAGCUAUGCAUAUACUUAUAAACAACUUUUAUACAUAUGGUAUCUUUUGUUUUUUCACAGAUAUUAUAGUUGUAUUUCAAGUUGUAGGUUAAAUGUGUCAUUUAAGUGUUUCUGAAUUUGAACUUAGGUCCAUAUACAGAAAGAACUUUAGAAAAUGCAUCAAUUUGGAUCUUCUGUUGAUGGCCAUAAUCGUUGUGUUUAUGUUAUCUAAAGUCUCCUGGUUUAGUCAGUACUGCUCAUGAAUAAAAUGUAACAAACUUGAAUUUCUCAUUUGUGAGUAGUACAUUAGCUUUUUAAAGCAGCAGACUAGGCACACUAAUUCUAUAUUUUCAUGAGUGUAGUUAUCAAGUCCUACAGUCUUAUUUAUUCCAACAAAAUAUUUCAUUUUAGAACUAUAAAAAGUAUUCUUAUUAAACAUUUUAAAGACAACAUUAGGUUGAGUCUUUAGCCACUAUAUGCAUAUAGAUAUAUACAGACAUAUAUGUAUACUUACAUUUUGACACGGUCUUCAUCAAGUCCUGAUGCACUUUAAGCCUCAAUAAACACCAGAGAUGAGAAAUGAGGGUCUGUCUGAAGAUUAGCGAAACUGAUGUUUCUAUCACUUGAGAAAAGAAAAGUCCUUUAGUGUUUAAAUUACACAUUGUUUCUGUCAUGCUUACCAUCUACAUUAUUAGCUGGUAAAACAGCACAGGUUUAUUAGCAAUGUUACUAAAAAUGAAAUUUUUAUUGGUAGUUAGAGAUUGUCUAAUUCAGUAGAGCUCAAACUUCUGAGCUCUACUGUUACAACAUUUUUAUUUAGAAUUUGUUGAAUUUUGAGUAAGCUUUGUGCUUACACAAAUUACUUCUGGACCUUAUUGUUGGUAACGAGAUCAAAUAUAGGCUGAGCAGGAGAAAUAGUACUUUCAGUGUUUCUGAAGCCACCUCUGGAGUUACUACUGCUAUAAUUUGAAACUGAUAAUAUGAUAGAAAUCAUUAAUACUCAUUUUUCUGAAUCUUUUUCGUGCCAGAAGUUAAACAGGUUCUGCUAACUCUUUUCUUGGUUGUCACCAGAAUGAAAAUAUUUAAAACAGUAGUCCUAAAAAAACCAUUUGUGCCUGGUUAACAUUGAUUUUGAAUCUCUUCAAUAUAUAUUGAUCAUGUGUUGAUUAAUUUUUUAUUUUGGUCAGAUAAAUUCACAUGUAUAUAAUGGAGUACCUUGAUUGAACUACGCUAUGAUGUCUACAUGAUUAUACAGUAAGGAAAAAGAAAUAAAGAACUGUAGUAGGCCUAGUAAAUGUUUGUUGUUGAUGAUCCUGUCACUCAUGCAGAUGGUGCACAUUUCCACACACUCAUCCUUAUAUGAGGGAGAUUAUCUGGUUUGUUCAUAAUCUAGUUCCUGUACUUUUCUUUUCCUUUAUAGUCUAGUGUGUUCAUUUCACCUCAGGGCUCAUUAGUACCUCUUACAGAAGGUGGUCAAGGGAAAUAAAAGGAGGGAAACCUCAAUUUUCAGUUUAGUUCUUGAAAGCUCUGGGGAAAAUGGGAGAAACACAAAGAUUAUGAGAUCAACUAUGGCUGUUGAUUCCUGAAUCCCAGAUAAUUCAAUUGGCCUGUAUUUUCAUCUUAGGCAUUAAGUCUAAAUUAGUGUAAUAUCUUGUUUUACUGUGAGGUUUAAUGAAAAACUUGACAGUGCUGCAUUUGCAAUUUUAGUAACUUGCUAUUAAAAUCAGUUGGGAAAAAUUAAAAAAAUGUGUUGGGGCCUUCUAUGACGAGGCAUUUGUUAUUAUUUUUCAUCAUCGCUUUUUGUUUUCUCAGUGUUUUAGAUUUAUAUAUCUAAACUUAUAUAUCAGAGGAAACAAGAUACCUUAUGAAGUUAUUUGGAGAGCGUGGCACUCCCUGGGGUAAAGGAAACGAUAAAAGUAUCUUUGUGUUAUGAAAUUAGACCCGGGCAGAAAACUUCCUUGCCACAUAAAGUAAAGGUAGAAGAUACUUUUACAAAAUAGUAAGAUGAUUGGGAGCUGAAAUUUUAUCCCAGUCUUUUUGAACAAAAGACAAUAUUUCAAGUUCUGGAAGGGAGUUUUAUUUAUACUUAUUACUCGUGUAUUCUUUCACAAUAGCUUUUAACAGCCUGAGGAAAUAGAAAGUCUGUGAGGCUACUUGCGUUCUUUGCUUUUAAUAAGGAUGAUAGGAAAGAAAAGUCAGGUCGGUAAUCCAAAUCCAAAUAUGUGUACUGUAAAUGCUCAAGAAUUCACUUUUUUUGAUAAAUUAUAUUAUGAAUACAGAUGACUGAAUUUUGUAUAUUAAUAACUCAGUUUUGAGAACAGAAUAAAAUUUAGAAAUAGUGAGAAUAGACUAACUGUUAUUUCAUUAAUAGUAUAAAUGUAAAAGUACACCUGAAUGGAGAACAUAAGUUUCAAAAGUUAGCUGAUAUUCUAAGCUACAUCUUGAUUUCAUUGUCUGUAGCUGACAAUUUUUAAAUCAAGUACAGUACUUUCUAAGAGUGUUUGGCAUGUUAUGCUGCCAAAAAUAUCUGCGUUUUGAAAUACCAAGUAACCAGUUAAUUUCUGAUGACUUUGUAUAGGACUUGAUAUGUAUGAGUCAGAAUUAUUCUGUACUUAUUCUGUACAUUGUAAGUUUGAACACUUAUGAAAAACUGUUGAUAUAUUUUGCUUUGUUAGUGUAAAUUUGCAUAUUUGAAUCCUAGUCUUAGUUGAGGAAGUCUAAAAUACCAUUUUUGUAAAGUUCAUAUGCUGUUUUUUUAAUGUUAUUUUGGUUUUUAGUAUUUAUAUAGUAGAAAUGUUACCAGUAAGAUUUAUAGACAAAGGAUAGAACUAUUAACUGUUCAAAAGCCUAAAAGAUAGACAUAUUUUGUAUUUCAUGUUUCACUUGUUUUGUUUCAUAUUGGACUUUACAUGCUUUUUUUAGGAAAAAAAGACACAUUUGAGUUUUUUUUAAGCAUAAAACUCUACAUUGGAAAAUAUAACUGUAUUCAUAUGGUUAGCAAAACACACUUGGCCACCAAAGCUAAAUGAAACUGUAAAAUACCUCCAGAUAUUUGUGCCAAUGAACUUUUCUUAGCAUAUUGGGAUUAAAGCAAAAAUAAUCUUUUCAGUAUUUUUCAUCUAGGACUUAUAUUAAAUAUGUAAAUCAUCAAAACUUAAUUCAGUGCCCUAAUUUUUCUUUGAAAAUAUAUAAAGCUUAUGGCAUAGCGUAUUCUGUUUUGUCUGAUUUCUGGAAUAAUGUUCUCUGACUGUAUUGAGUAAAAGUUAAUUUACCCAAUAAUGAUCUUUCAGUGAUUAAUUGAAGUAAUCAUUUGAAGUAAUCCUGCUUCAGAUUCGUUGUUUGAUGUAAACCUUUAAAUUUUGUUGCUCAGAUGUUU